UAUCAGGUAAUGUUCGGCGCUAAUUCCGCCUUCUGGCUUUCUUGGACGAUGGUGACCUCCCUGGUUGCACUCGUCCGUGCCAUACGCUAAACAUGAAGGCUGCCAGCUGUCAUAAUUUGCUCAGACUUUGUGUACUGUCGUGUUUCUUUCUGUUGUUGCCCGCGUCCUGGGCUGAUAAAAUGGCUUUCCCUCCGUCACAUCUCGGUGUGCUGGCGACCGAGCAGAGUCGCAGAAAAAGCCACCAGAAGCAGAGAAACCCCAACAAUACUGCACUUUUAGAAAAACAAAAAGAGGACCAAAGUCUACAGUUUAUGUGGAGUCUGUACAGGAAAGCGGCAGAUUUGGACGGCAGGCCAAAACAGCGCAAAAUGUUUGGAUCUAACACGGUCAGAUUGAUUCGUGCAUCCACCACCGGCAAGCACUUCCACUCCUCAAACCAUGACCUGCUGUAUUCUUACACUGUGCAAUAUGAACUGGAAAACCUUCCACUGAACAAACUGAUCAGGGCAUCUUUCAUUCAUCUGAGAGCGCCUGUUGCACCAUACUCUUCGAUUAAGUGUGAAGCAAGAGUCUCAUCCCCAGAACAUACCAAUGACACAAAUGUCAUUCUGGGCCCUCAAAGCUUGUGGACUGAAUCCGAUGUCACACCCCAUGUGUCUCUAUUUAAAGGCAGGCAGUUCGUCGUCUAUGUUCAGUACAAGUGCUUGAAAGCUGAGAGAGUUCGUUCCGAGGCAAGACGGAGGACACACAGACGUUUCCCACCACAAAACCACUUAAGAGCUCCUGCCUUGCUUCUCUUCUUGGAAGAAGAGGGACAUCCAAUGGAUUGGACAAAGCAUGUCAAAGCCCCUUCUCACAUCGGCUUACGGUCACGCCGGUCCAAAGAAACCGGCAGCAUUGUUUCUGACAUUCCCAACUACAGGCGAGCUAAGAACAGUGUGGGCAAGAAUCAGUGCAAACUCCAUUCGUAUCGUGUGACCUUUCGCGACAUCGGCUGGGACCACUGGAUCAUUGCACCACCCAUGUACAACCCUCGUUACUGCAUGGGCGACUGCCCGCGCAUCCUGUACUAUGGCUACAACUCGCCCAACCAUGCCAUUGUCCAGACCUUCAUCAGUGAGCUCGGUGUUGCUGACAUCCCUCUUCCUUCCUGUGUGCCUUACAAAUACAAGCCAAUCAGUGUACUAAUGAUGGAAAAGAACGGCAGCAUUGUGUAUAAAGAAUAUGAGGACAUGAUUGCAGAAUCCUGCACCUGUAGAUGACUGGGCUUGAUGGAAGACUGGCGAAUGAAGAAUGGAAUAAAGUGGAUUUUCCUGCAACUGCUGUCGCCACUAUUGAGCUUCUGUUGGCUUCUCUUGGUCUAGGCUAAACGGUUCUUGAUAAAGAUGUGCUCUUGGCGUGUAAAGGAAUUUCUGCCUAAUUGAUGGUUUACCUUAAAAACCUUAACAUUUUUUCAGUUUUAUUCAUGUUUGUCAGUGUUUUUUUCCCCCUAUUUUUUGUACGUGAGUUGUAUUUAUGUCAUGUCUUUCAUGUUUAAUUAUGCAAGAGAAGGAGGAGACGCUGUAUGUAUUUGGACUGGUUACACAUGUCUUCACUCUUGGAAAGUCCACAAAAAAAGAAAAAAAAAGUUUUUUGAAAAAAGAAAAAAAAAAAAACAUGAGGGAUGAACUUAUGCUUGACAUUUAUAGAAGAAGUUGUGUGCGUUGCUUGUCGGACUUAACACAAUGCUGCUGUUGCCAUUACUGAUGCUGCUUUUGCGAUCUCUUUGGGAAACCUCGUAUAUUUGCACAUUUUUUCUAGAGGCGUUGACAUUUGAAGAUAAGGAUAUAUUUUGGUCCUCAUUCUGCAUGAAAGACGAGUGUAAUGUUUAUGGAGAAUGUUUCUUAUGAAGGGCAUAUUAAGACAUUGUCA